AUGGUACUGAUGAACCUCUUUGCAGGGUUUGAAGUAAACUUUCAGAUUGGUUUCAGUGACAUCAACAACAUUGCCUUCCACUUCAACCCUCGGUUUGAAGACAAUGGCUAUGUGGUUUGCAACACAAGGCAGAACAGAAGCUGGGGGCCAGAGGAGAGGAAGAUGCAGAUGUCCUUCCAGAGGGGGAUUCGCUUCGAGCUCUGCUUCCAGGUAGAGAGCUGGUUCAAGGUGAUGGUGAAUGGGAACCUCUUCACGCAGUAUGCCCACUGCAUGCCCUUGCACAGUGUCCACACCAUCACAGUCGCUGGCCUUGUGAAUGUGUCCAAGAUCAGCUUCCAUCAGCUGCCAAUCCAUUCCUGUAACUUCUUCCUCUUAGAAGCUGCCAACUGUCAGGACCAGCCCAACAACGAACCAACCUGA